AUGUCCCAACACGAAAACUUCAUUGCCGACACCCUCCUCAGCUUCCAUGACAUCUCGUGGAAGACUGAAGAUGGCAAGAGCAUCCUUCACGGUGUCAGCGGAGUCGUUCAAGCAGGAAAGGUGAUGGCGAUCAUGGGUGCCUCAGGGAGCGGCAAAACAACGCUCCUCCAGAUCCUUGCGGGUCAACGGCAGCAGAGCGAAGGAGCUGUCCGCAUCAAUGGCGAGGACAUGAAUCGAGCCAUGAAGCGAUACCUGGGGAUGGUGCCACAAGAGGAUGUGCUGCUGCCUACAGUGACAGUGGAGGAAGCGAUCUCCUUCUCUGCCGCCAUCCGCAUGCCGUCGAACGUGUCAGAGGAGGAGAGGAAGCAGCUGGUGGAGCAGCAGGUGGCGGACCUGGGCCUUCAGAGCAUCCGAUCGUCGCGCAUCGGGGACCCGAGGAGGAGGAAGGGAAUCAGCGGAGGAGAGAAGAAGAGGGUCAGCAUUGCGAUGGAAAUGGUUCACAGACCGCGAGUGCUGCUGCUGGAUGAGCCGACCUCAGGAUCGUCCAACGUCGCUGUCGCCUUCACCAUCCAUCAGCCUUCCUCCCGCGACUUUCAUCUCUUCGACAAACUUCUUCUCCUCUCAGAGGGCAGGACCGCCUACUACGGCUCUGCUCGCGGGGCUCUCGCUCAUUUCGAAGCUGUUGGUCAUGCAUGUCCUGAGUUCACAAACCCUGCGGAGUUUUUUCUUGACCUUCUCUCUGGCUUCGACGUCGUGUUGGAGGAGGAGCUCGAGCAAGCAGAGGAGCAGAGGAGCCGAGCGCUUCAGAGAGCCUCCAGCAGUGCUGACAAGAGAAAAUUCCUAGCCAACGAGGAGAACUUCGCUACCACCUUCACCGAACAAUUCGUUCUCCUCUUCAGCGAGCUGCGUUUGGAAGGAGUGUGA